AUGAAGCGAGUAAGUUCAAGCCUCAAGUCCAAGUGCCCGACGUUUGCCUGUUCCCCAAAGCGAGCCAGGAGGCUGAAGCGGGCUCCCUGCAGCUUUGCCCCACGCCGAGGGCAAGCCUGGGGCAACCUGCCUCAGCACGUGGUCCUGCAGAUCUUCCAGCACCUCUCUCUAGUCGACCGGGCGCGGGCCUCAUCCGUCUGCCGCUGCUGGAACGACGUCUUUCACACCCCGGACCUGUGGCGCCGCUUCGAAUUUGAGCUCAACCAGCCGGCCUCAUCGUACCUGCGCUCCACCCACCCUGACCUUGUCCAGCAGAUCAUCAAGAAACACGCCCAGCACCUGCAGUACGUGAGCUUCAAGGUGGACAGCUGCACGGAGUCUGCAGAGGCGGCCUGUGAUAUCCUUUCCCAACUGGUGGAUUGCACCAUCAAGACUCUGGGCCUCAUCUCCACAGCACGGCCCAGCUUCAUGGAUGUGUCUCAGGCCCACUUUGUGUCUGCGCUGACAGUGGUGUUUGUCAACUCCAAGUCACUGUCCUCCAUCAAGAUUGAUGACACUCCUGUGGACGACCCGUCCCUCAAGGUGCUGGUUGCCAACAACAGUGACACGCUCAAGUUGCUGAAGAUGAGCAGCUGUCCUCACGUCUCCCCAGCUGGGAUCCUGUGUGUGGCAGACCAGUGCCAUGGGCUCAAAGAGCUGGCUCUGAAUUACCAUCUUCUGAGUGAUGAGCUUCUUCUUGCCCUCUCCACAGAGAAACAUGUGAACCUGGAGCACCUGCGCAUUGAUGUGGUCAGUGAGAACCCCAGCCAAAGCCCCUUCCACACCAUCAAGAAGAGCAGCUGGGAGGCCCUGGUGCACCACUCCCCUAAAGUCAACGUUGUCAUGUACUUCUUUCUCUACGAAGAGGAGUUUGAGCCUUUUUUCCGAGAGGAAACACCUGUCACUCACCUGUACUUUGGGCGAACAGUGAGUAAAGAGAUGUUGGGGCGUAUUGGUCUGAACUGCCUCCGUCUGGUGGAGCUGGUGGUGUGUGCCAAUGGGCUGGAACCCCUGGACGAAGAGCUGAUCCGGAUUGCAGAGCGCUGCAAAAGCCUGACGGCCAUCGGCCUGGGCGAGUGUGAGGUGACCUGUAGCGGCUUUGUGGAGUUUGUGAAGAUGUGUGGAGAGCGGCUGACUCAGCUGUCCAUCAUGGAGGAGGUGCUGAUCCCUGACAGCUCCUACAACAUGGAGCAGAUCCACAGCGAGGUGUCCAAGUAUCUGGGGCGCAUUUGGUUUCCUGACAUGAUGCCCACUUGGUAA